UACAGUAGACUACUAUCAUCGACUCAUAUGAGUAGAGUGAGUCAGGCUAGUAGUAGCUUGACAGUUACCUUUUCCACCUAAACCCAAGCGUUAUGUCGGGCAAACCAUAAUGAGCUCGGCGAGAAGUUACCAAGUGACUCAGUGCGAAGGACAAGAUGUGAAGACCAACGGAAUGGCAGUUAACGGGGCAAAUACCGAAGCAGCUGUACUUUGGUUUAGCGUUACAUCUUAUAAACCGUUUGGUCUGUGGCUUGCUUAGCUAACGCCGCGAGCCCACCCCGGUGGACUCUGUGUGACAGUAGGACUUCGAAGACAGACGGACAGAGUUGUGUGGAUUUUGAAAAACUCAAGCAACCACAGCAGCAUACCAGAAGACAACACGCAGAGUGGUUUGUGUCAAGCAGCACAUGGCCUGUAUUAUGCUGACAGACAUGGAGCCACCCAUCUCCGGCCCCACAGCACAUCUUAACGGCCUCCUCCCUGACCUCGCCACAGCCACUGGACUCGACCCCAAGCAGGACACGGAUGUCACCUGCCUUACUGUCCACCUUUACUACCUGGGGAAGGAUGGAGGAGAGGCUGGUUCCAAAAACGGUUCAGAAAGUGCACUCACAUUUCCACCUGGGGAGUACGUAGCAGAGGAACUGUGCAUCAGUGCAGCGAAAGCAUGUGGGAUUGCUCCAGUGUACUGCAACCUGUUUGGCCUGAUGAGGGAAAGUGACCGGAUAUGGUUCCCCCCUAAUCACAUCUUUAAACUGCAGCAGCCAGCCAGUGAGAGCCUGCACUUCAGAAUCAGAUACUAUUUUCCUGGCUGGUAUAACAGCGGAAACUCAUUGUAUGCCCACCGCUAUGGUGUGUCCAAGGGGACAGAGAGCCCUGUGAUGGAUGAUUGUGUCAUGGCAUACCAAUUCUUUCAGAGGCGUAGUGACUUUCUAAGUGGAUGGGUUCAUAUUCCGGUAAGCCACGAGGCCCAGGAAGAGUGUUUGGGCAUGGCGGUGCUGGACAUGAUGAGGCUCGCCAAAGAGAGUAAUCAGUCACCUGUGGACAUCUACAAUUAUACCAGCUAUAAAUCCUUCCUGCCGAGAUGCAUGCAAAGCCGCAUCCAGGAAUAUAACAUCUUGACACGGAAGAGGAUCCGCUAUCGCUUCAAGAAGUUCAUACAGCAGUUCAGUGAAUGCAAGGCCACGGUAUGCAACCUCAAGCUCAAAUACCUGAUGAGCCUGGAGAUGCUGAUACCCUCCCUCUACUCUGAGCGCUUCCAUGUCACUGACCUCUCCGCACGUGAGGUUACCAUCGUUGUCAUGGGAAACACGGGCAUCCAGUGGUCUAAAGGGAAAGAAGAGGGAGCAGAGGAGGAGCUACAAACAUACUGUGACUUCCCCGAGGUGAUCGACAUCAGCAUCAAACAGGCCAAUAAGGAAGGCUCAGUGGAGAGUCGCAUAGUUACCCUCACCAGACAGGACAACCAGAUCCUGGAACUGGAGUUCCAUUCGCUCCCAGAGGCUCUGUCAUUCGUAUCUUUAGUUGACGGGUAUUACAGACUGGUUGCAGAUGCUCAUCACUAUCUGUGUAAAGAGGUAGCUCCACCAAGACUUCUGGAGUGCAUUCAAAGCUACUGCCACGGCCCUGUGUCGAUGGAGUUUACGAUUGGUAAGCUGCGUCGCUCUGGUAACCACCAAGGCCUGUACAUCCUUCGCUGCAGCCCCAGGGACUACGACAAAUACUUCAUAUCCUUUGUGGUCGGGCAUGAAACUAUGGUGGACUAUAAACACUGUCAGAUUGUGAAGACGGAGUCAGGAGAGUACAAUCUGAGUGGUGCAAAAAAGAGCUUCGGCUCACUCAGGGAACUUCUGCACUGCUACCAGAAGGAGGCGCUGCGCACUGAUGGAUACACAUUCCAGCUGACCAGUUGCUGCUCACCCAGCUUUAAAGAUAAAUCCAACCUGGUGGUGUGCAGAAAUAAUCAAGGGGCAGAUGUUCAACUGUCUCCUUCGCUCCACAAACACAACAUCAGCCAGAUGGUCUUCCACAAGAUCCGAAAAGAGGACCUCGUCAUCAAUGAAAGUCUUGGCCAAGGAACUUUCACCAAGAUAUUCUGCGGUGUGAGGAAGGAGCUAGGAGACUACGGAGAGAUACACCAGAUAGACGUUGUUAUCAAGAUCCUGGACAAGGCACACCGCAACUAUUCAGAGUCCUUCUUUGAAGCAGCCAGUAUGAUGAGCCAGCUUUCCCACAAACACAUACUUCUCAACUAUGGCGUGUGUGUUUGUGGCAAUGAGAACAUGAUGGUGCAGGAGUAUGGUAAAUUUGGUUCCUUGGACACCUACCUGAAAAAGAAUAAAAGCUGUGUUAACAUCACCUGGAAGCUAGAAGUGGCCAAGCAGCUAUCCUGGGCUAUGCACUACCUGGAGGAUAAGGGCCUCAUUCAUGGAAAUGUUUGUGCCAAGAAUGUUCUUCUGAUCAGAAAGGAGGAUCGGAUGACAGGCAGCCUGCCCUUUAUCAAACUCAGUGACCCGGGUAUUAGCAUCACCGUGCUGCCCAAAGAAGUUCUGGUGGAGCGUAUCCCAUGGGUGCCCCCUGAAUGCAUUGAAAACCCCCAAAACCUGAGUUUAGCCACAGACAAGUGGGGCUUUGGGACCACCCUUUGGGAGAUCUGCAGUGGCGGAGACAAACCACUCAGCACCCUGGACUGCUCCAAGAAGAACUUGUUCUACGAGGACAGGCACCAGCUGCCGGCUCCUAAAUGGACAGAGCUGGCCAAUCUGAUUAACAGCUGCAUGGACUAUGAGCCCUCACACCGACCCUCCUUCAGAGCAAUUAUCAGAGAUCUCAACAGCCUCUUUACACCAGAUUAUGAACUGCUGGUGGAAAGCGACAUAGUGCCCAACAGGACAAGAGGCUUUGGCUUCCCGUGGGCUUCCGAGAACCAGGACCCCGCACAGUUUGAGGAGAGGCACCUCAUUUUUCUCAAGCAACUGGGCAAAGGAAACUUUGGCAGCGUGGAGAUGUGCAGGUACGACCCCCUGCAGGACAGCACAGGGGAGGUGGUGGCCGUAAAGAAACUACAGCACAGCACAGCCGAGCACCUCAGGGACUUUGAGCGUGAAAUCGAGAUCCUCAAAUCCCUUCAGCACGAAAACAUUGUCAAAUACAAAGGGGUCUGCUACAGUGCCGGACGACGGAACCUGCGCCUUAUCAUGGAGUAUCUCCCCUACGGCAGCUUGAGAGAUUACCUCAUCAAACACAAGGACCGCUUUGAUUUCAACAAACUGCUGCACUAUGCAUCACAGAUUUGCAAGGGCAUGGACUACCUCGCCACUAAGCGAUACAUCCACAGAGACCUGGCCACGAGGAACAUUCUGGUGGAGAGCGAGAUGAGGGUGAAGAUUGGGGAUUUUGGUCUGACCAAGGUGCUGCCGCAGGACAAAGAGUACUACACUGUCAGAGAGCCUGGGGAAAGCCCCAUCUUUUGGUAUGCUCCAGAGUCGCUGACGGAGAGCAAGUUCUCUGUGGGAUCAGACGUUUGGAGUUUCGGUGUUGUCCUCUACGAACUCUUCACAUGCAGCGACAAGAACUGCAGCCCACCAGCGGUAUUUAUGGACAAGAUGGGAAAUGAAAAGCAAGGCCAGAUGAUUGUCUACCAUCUGAUAGACCUGCUGAAACAAGGAUAUAGGUUGCCUGCUCCUGAUAAUUGUCCAAAGGAGAUUUACAAGAUUAUGACCGAGUGCUGGAGCAGUGAUCCGAGACUGCGUCCUACUUUCAAGACAUUAAUCCACAGUGUGGAGACUGUACGAGACAGCAGUGACAGAUGAACCUUUGACCUGUAGGUGUUGACUGGCGGGAGCCAGUCCUCACAGAUCUGAACAGAACAACGAAUGUCUUUGUGACGUCUUGGUUUACUGCAGUGAUGCAGUCAGUUGUCGGAAGUGUACUUGUUUUUAUUUUGGUGCUCGGUAUUUCUGUCAGCCUAUUUUGAACAUUUACUUAAAAAAGGAUGCUAAUUGGUAAUAUCCACUUGCUAUGAUGGAUCAUAUUAAUAAGUACACUACAUCUGACUCAAAUAAAAGCUUUAUCAGAUGCCUUUUAAGAACAUUUUAUUUUGGGAUAAAUUAUUUAUUUGUGUAUGCUGUUUUACAAAUUGAAUUUGAUGAUUCACAGAGUGGGGACAUGUAACUUGUGUUGAAACCUGCAUCAACUAGCAGCAUUUCCUUUGUUAAUGCUUAGACAUUUGAUGUCAUACUUUUAUUGUUGUAAAAUGAGCAGAAACUUCUUUUAUUUAACCAAAGUGUGCUCAGACUUGUAAAUACUGGAACUAAACAGGGAUCAUUCUGCUGACACCUAGACAGACUUCUGCUUGGUAGUUUUAAGAAGAUAAAAGACAGAACCAUAAAUGUAAAGCCCCGGCUGUCUGCUGUCACAGUGGUACCCAUCAGAAACAUCUCUACAGGUAGCUUGGAGUUACAUUUCUGCUCAUUGAGUUUUACAGAUAUUAUUGCUCAUCAAGGUGGAUUAUGUGUGUUUUCUGAGAUGAUGAAGCAACAGCCCAUAAUUCUUUUUUAAUGUUCAUUAUAACUAUACAUUACACCACAUUAUAGAGACCAGCCUUUACACAAAUCAACUGUUAUCUGUCAAUACAGAAAAGACACAGCAGCAACUGCUCAGAAAUCUCUGGGUCACUAGUAGUGUCAUAUCAUGGACAAUAUCAUUUCUCUUUUUUUUUCAG